AUGGCCGGAGCGGAGUCCCUCUCUUCAGAUGAAAAAGAGGUGGUGGCCGGCAGUGUGGAGGGAGAGGGCUUGGCCAAGGAGCACCCAGCGGGAGAGGACAGUUCCGAAAACAGCUCCAGCAGUAGCUCGGACGAGGAGUCAGAUGCGGAGGAGUUGGAUGGAAGAAGGUCGGAUGAAGAACAAGAGGAGAAGGAAUCGCUACCGCACUGCGAUGAAUCAGGUAGAGUGAACUGUCUGCCACCCUGUGAGCAUUGCAGAAAUGAAACUGACCAAAAGGAGCAAGUGACCCCCAGGAGACUUUCUGGAGGACAACACGUGGUGCAGCUGGAUGCAGAGGGGACUUACCAGUGCAGCCUCACAGGCUUGAUUUUUGAGGUAACGGGGGCCGUCAAGAUCACAUAUUCCCUCUUAUCCUGGAGCAAAUAUGCCAGCCUCGUGGAAAAGCCAUGGAUCGUGGGCGGCCCCCUCUUCGAUGUGCGCUGCGACUCGGCCCUGGCUCUCACCUCCAUCCAGUUUCCCCACUCCCUCUGCCUCGGCGAUCAUGGUGCUGGCAUGGCUUUCAAGGUUUUGCACAUCAAAGGCCAGGGCGCAGCCAUCGAGCCGUCCGCCGACUACUCGGCCUCGCACGUGAAGUGGCUGGUGAGCUCGCUCUCGCCGGUGGGACCGCUCAUCCAGACCCAGGAGCCGGUGCAGUACCACGGCGUCGUCAUCCUCUACAAAGUUGUUGAUGAGCAUCCCUCCUUAUCCUUUCGGGUCUACGUGGCUACAAACAAUGACUCCUUUAUAAAGGAUAUCUCAAGAGCUGUAAAACAUUCAAAUAAGAAAUUCAUUAAAAUUGACAAGCCCCCUGUAUGCCAGAAAUUACUACAGAGAGGAAAGAGAUAUAGAUUAGUUUGUGAGCCAGAAGCUGAAAUAACUCCAGAGGAAAUUGAAUUCAUUGAUGGAUCUCUCCUGAAACUAAAAAGUUACAUUGAAGUCUAUUUGGAGAAACCCGACGACUUCACCUUGUCUUUGGUUGAGCUGGAGUCUGAUGCAACCGUAUGGAAAGCAAAACUAAGAGAGAGUGACUGGAUACAUUACGAUCAGAACAAAAAUGAGCAGAAAAGAAGCACAGUCAGUGUCAAAAAACGGAAACCAGCCAUCACCAUUUUGGAAGAAGACGAGCUCUGUAGCAAAAAGCAAAAGACAGCCAAUUCUGCAGUCUGAUUUUUGUUCUUUGUCUUUUCAAAUGGAACCAAAACAGAAAACUUAACUGAUCAACAGCUGAUGGGGAUCGCAAAGUUGUUAGGUCGGCAGUGGAGAGAAAUUUUCAUUGAGUGUCUUCGGGUGGAAAUGAAAGACAUUGAGCAGAUUCAGGCAACAGAGAAAGAAGUUAAUAUGCAAAAAUUUCUGGUGUUAAGCAAGUGGAGAGACAGAGAGCAAAGCAAUGGAACUGCAGAAACUUUGUACAGAAGUCUCCGUGGAAAGGUGCCCUAUGAGGUAGAGCAAGUCCUACAAGGCAAAGUUUGCUUUCUCUUAACUCUUUCCAAAAGCAGCCUGGCUUCCAAGGGCAGAGAGCUGUUCGUGCUCCCUUGCUCAUCUGACCCGCACAAACCUGUCUGUGCCACAGCCUUGCGCUGUCUCAUUUCUUGGCCUGAUGCUGAGCUGGUGAAGCUGCAGCUAGGAGUGGGCGGCGGGCCCUCCCCCAGCCAGUCGUUAUGCUUCUCCGGCCGCUUCCCCGGGAUCUCGCUGAGAUUUGGGAAGGAAGAUGCAAGGCAUCAUCACUCAGCGGAAAGUUUAGGCAGGAUCUUCCCAAGAAAUGUGAAUGAAAUUUUGCGUGGAUAUUAA